AUGUCCACUGCCAAGUUACCCAAAAAUUUCGGCGUCAUCCUUUUCCCCGGUUUCCAGCUGCUCGACGUCUGCGGUCCUCUUGAUGCCCUUAAUGUGCUCUCGAAUUCAGUUCCCCUCAACCUCUCCAUCAUAGCUGCGACUCGCAAUCCGGUGGGGACCCAGCACUUCGUCCAAGACCAGCAAGGCUCAAGGUUCAAUCUAUCUAUCGUUCCAACGCAUACAUUUGCCGACGCUCCUCAGGACUUGGAAGUUUUGCUCAUUCCUGGUGGCCUGGGAAACAGAAGUGAUGGGAACAUGAAGCCUGUAGUUGAUUACCUGUCCUCUUUGGGAUUAGGAGUUCACGAGGAGAGCGGGGGAGAGGGGGGCGGAGGAUCGAAGAAGCAUUUGAAGGGCAAUUUGAAGUGGGUCCUCACUGUCUGUACUGGGAGUGAGAUCCUGGCUAGGACUGGAGCGCUGAACGGGAAGCGUGCAACAACCAACAAGAGAGCAUUCAAUCACGUCAAAGAGAAACACCCUAAAGUCAACUGGGUAGCUAAGGCGAGAUGGGCUGUAGACGGUGAUAUCUGGACAAGCUCAGGCAUCUCUGCAGGUAUCGAUCUGACCUUCGCUUGGAUGAGCGAGGUUUUCGGCGAAGAGACGGCGCAGUACGUGGCUGACAGGAGCGAGUACGAAAGAAACACGGACCCCGAGAACGACCGCUACGCAGAGCGAUGGGGCGCUGUCCAAGCUUCCUGA